AUGGGUGGGGUGGUCGCGGAUUCACAGUUUCAUGUACUGGCAGUUGAUGAUAGUGUUAUUGACAGAAAACUGAUUGAGAGGCUUCUGAAGAUCUCUUCCUAUCAAGUGACUACUGUAGAUUCUGGGAAUGAGGCUCUCGAGUUUCUGGGUUUGCAAGACGAGGAAAACAAAGAUUCAGACCUUCCCUCCGUUUGUACAGCAAAUCACAAUCAUCGAUAUGCUCGUGGUGCCACUCUCGUCUUUUGGACAAGGAUCCAUUUGUCAUUCUGCGGCGCUAUGUUCAUGGUGCCACUCUCGUCUAUUGGACGCAGAUUUGUUGGACAUUCCCAUGAGAGUAUGCUCACGGGCCACUCUUGUCUCUCAGACGAGGAUCUAUGUACCAUUUUUAGCCUCAACAUGCUCGCAGGUCAGGAUCUAUUGGACAUUCCCAUGACAGUAUGCUCGCGGGCCACGCUUGUCUCUCAUACGAGGAUCUAUUUACCAUUUUCUGCAUCAACAUGCUCGCAUACCACUCUUGCCUUUUUGGACAAGGAAUCGUUUUGCUGCUUCCACGGUAAUGGGGAAGUGCCCUUCCCUCUGCGGUGCUUGACCCCUUCUACGGAGGUGGAAGUGGAUUUGAUUAUUACAGAUUACCGUAUGCCUGGAAUGACGGGCUAUGAUCUCUUGAGAAAGAUUAAGGAAUGUUCAUCUUUAAGAGACAUACCAGUUGUAAUAAUGUCCUCUGAGAACAUUCCUUCAAGGAUUAACAGAUGCUUGGAACAAGGGGCAGAAGAGUUCUUUCUCAAGCCAGUUCAACAAGCAGAUGUGAAUAAACUUAGACCACAUUUACUGAAGGAAAGGUUAAGGAACAACAAGAGCAAGCUCAUUGAAGAAUGUCUUGGAAGUCGACCAAUAAAGAAAGAAAAUUUUCAGUAG